AGCCGAAGAUGUCGGCUCGUUCAUGUGAUCAGCUGUGUCCAAUCACAGCUGAUCACAUGGGACAUGUACACUGAUCAUCAGGGCACUGAUGAUCAGUGUGCCCUGAUGAUCAGUGUAGCCCCAGCAGUGCCACCUGUCAGUGUCCAUCAGUGCCUUGUAUCAGUGCCAGGUGCCAGUGCCCAUCAGUGCCACAUCAAUGCCACAUAUCAGUGCUUACCAGUGCACAUCAAUGCCACAUAUCAGUGCACAUCUGAGCUGCCUUUCAGUGUCACCCAUCAAUGCCAAUCAGUGCCACCUAUCAGUGCCAGUCAGUGCCGCCUAUCAGUGCCAGUCAGUGCCGCAUAUCAGUGUGCAUCAGUGCCGCCUAUC